AUGCUGCAGAGGUUUGUGGAACUGGCUGGUACUAUCAACGAAAUUUUACUCUCACGCUCUGAUACGCCCCCAAUGAUUUCAGGAAAUGAAUUAGAUAUAAUUAAAGAAGUUAUUGAACUUCUAAAGCCAUUCGAAACUAUAACGAAAGAGUUGUGCGCCGAAAGUUACGUUACAGUCAGCAAAGUAAUUCCGCUCAUUAGUUGCGUUCGUGAUGUGGUUNAGUUGUGCGCCGAAAAUUACGUUACAGUCAGCAAAGUAAUUCCGCUCAUUAGUUGCGUUCGUGAUGUGCUCCACACAAAAACACCAAGAAACAACGUUACUGUUAAACUAAAAUAUGAGUUUGAGCAACAAAUUGCUAAGAGAUUUAAUAGACUGGAACACCAUUCGAUUUUAGCGUUAGCUACCGUUUUGGAUCCGAGGUUUAAGACAUUACACUUACAAGAUGCUUUGGCCAAAAGUAAAGCCAUUAACGCUUUAAACUCUUUAAUGGAAAAUGCUGCUGUUGUAAGACCUAGAAGCACUUAUCCUGAACGCAGUGACUCGGAUUGCCAUGCAGGAAAAGAAUUCGAUAUAUGGGAAUAUCAUAAUCGUUUAGCGCUUGACAGUAUAAAAAAGAGGCAACAGUCUGCAUUGCCAUUUGAUAGAUAUAUUUCUUCUGAAGUACAGAUGUACUUGGCUUCGCCUGUUAACUCCAUACAUGUAAAACAAAAUGGAGUGGAGGUUUGGGAAGACCUCAGAGGUGUAUUUCCCACGUUACACAAGCUUGCAGCUAAAUAUUUACCAAUUGUUGCUACAUCUGUACCAUCUGAAAGGCUAUUUUCAAAAGCUGGAGCAACUAUAACUCAAGCGCNGACAAUAUGA